GAUUUUUUCGUCUUAAAAUAAAAAAAUAAAAUAAUUCUGAGUGCAAGUGAUGUUAAUAACAAAACUCUUUUCCACUCUUUUCAGUAGGAGUUAUUGUACAGUAUCGCUGAGGCCUAUUUUAGUGAAUCCGUUGUUGAAUCAAAUAGACACGCAAAACAUGGCUCCCCAUUUUCGUGAGAACAAGCAGAAGCGCAGCUACCAUGGCGUACAGCAACAUAACAAGUUUAAGAAUAAUCGCUUUGGUGGCGGCGCCGGAGGUCAGUCAAUGAAUCCAAAGGUCUUGAAAGAGAUCGACUGGUCUGACACCUCCAAACUAACGGAGAUCGUCAAGGAUUUGUAUUGCGAGAGUGACAUCACGAAGAAUCGCAAUCUCAAGGAGGUCAAAAGCUUCCUGGAGACCAAUCAAAUCAACACGAAAGGUAACCAAUUACCGAAACCCGUGUUGACCUUUGACGAAAUCCAGUUUCCGGACUACAUCAAGAAGGAGAUUCAACGACAACAGUUUGAGAAUCCGACAGCAAUUCAGGCGCAAGCAUGGCCCAUCGUGCUCAAGGGACAAAAUUUGGUAUCUAUUGCCAAAACUGGUUCCGGCAAGACACUUGGGUUCUUGUUGCCUGCCAUUAUGCACAUCAACAAUCAAAAGGCAUCGACCUACAAUGCCCGCAAAGGCCCCAUGGUGCUAGUUUUGGCACCGACACGUGAACUGGCACAGCAAAUUCAACAAGUCGCAUCGCAAUUCGGCGCUACAUCGUACAUCCGUAACACUUGUCUCUUCGGGGGCUCAAGUCGUUAUGCACAAGAACGCGAAUUGCGUCGCGGAUGCGAAAUUGUCAUCGCGACACCUGGACGGUUAAUUGACUUUUUGGAAUCUGGCGUCAUUUCUUUGGAACAAGUUACGUAUCUCGUUUUGGACGAAGCUGAUCGCAUGUUGGACAUGGGCUUUGAACCACAAAUUCGCAAGAUUUUGUCACAAGUUCGUCCGGAUCGACAAACAUUGAUGUGGUCUGCUACAUGGCCCAAGGAAGUACACAAUUUGGCCGAAGAUUUCAUUGGCAACUACUCCAUGAUCAACAUUGGCUCAAUGGAGUUGACAGCGAACCAUAACAUCAAACAACACGUGGAAGUGAUAGAAGAUUACAAAAAGGACCAACGGCUCGUCGAAUUGCUGAACGAAUUGAAGGACGAGCACGGCAACAUCAGAAAAACAUUGAUUUUUGGUGGCACAAAGAGACGUUGUGAGAAAAUCACGUCACACUUGAAUCGCGUUGGAUUCCGUUGUGUCGUUAUGCACGGAGACAAAUCUCAGAAUGAACGCGAAACUGCACUCAAAAAGUUCAGAAAUGAUUAUGCCCCUAUUUUGAUAGCUACAGACGUUUGCGCUCGCGGCCUCGAUGUCGAAGGAAUUGAUACAGUAAUUAAUUACGAUUUUUGUCAAGGUAUUGAAGAUUACGUGCACAGAAUUGGCAGAACCGGACGUUCGACGAACCUCGGACAAUCUUUC